GGAUGGGAAGAAGGCAAGGGCACCUUCUCACAGCCCUUGAGGCAGAGCUGCCCUUGACCGUGGCCAUCUCCCCUCUAGGCUCAGCUCCCAGAAGGAGGCCUUGGUGCCCAGCGCUAUCCUAAGUCGUCUGCAUUCACCACCUCGUGUGGGGGUGCUAUCUUCAUCCCAUUUUAUACAUGAGGACAGAAGUUGAGGACCCUGCCAGAGGCCACACCAGCGGUGAGCAGCCUUGAGCCCAAGUCUCACUGUUCCAAAGCCAAGGGCUCUUGGUCUUGACCAUCUCUUUCCUCUCCAGCCUCUGAGGCAGUGGGAUGCACACAGCAGGUGCUCCAUAAAUGAGCGAUCAAAGGCAGGAAGCAGGGAGAGCGGGAGGAAGAGAAGAUAAGCAGGUAGCAAAUAAAUAGUCAAGGCGCUGUUUUCCAAUGCCAGGCUGGCACGCCGCCCGGGACGGCUGCCCUACACCCGGAGCCCCGGGCCUGCGCUUGCCUCAUCUUUUCCAGAAGUAUGUAAGCCCAGCUACGUCAGCCUUCAGGUGUCUGCUCCUCAGUCCCCAGCCUGCCCUGCCUGCGACCGGAGUCAGCCGCCACCACCCCUCAAAGGCUCCCUCACCCAUCCCCGCGCCCUGCCCGCUCCGGGGCCCGGGGCCCGCGAUGGCUUGCCGCUCCUGUGUCGUCGGCUUCAGCAGCCUCAGCAGCUGUGAGGUGACCCCGGCGGGUGGCCCCCGGCCUGAGGCCUCAGGAUGGGGCAGCUGCGGGGCCCCCGGGCCGAGCUUCAGCUCCAGCAGCCUCACAGGCUGCUGGGCGGCUGGCACCGUCCCCAAGGUGACCGUGAACUCCAGCCUGCUGGAACCCCUGGACCUCAAGGUGGACCCAGCGAUCCAGCAGCAGAAGCACCAGGAGAAGGAGGAAAUGAAAGCCCUCAAUGAUAAAUUCGCCUCCCUGAUUGGCAAGGUGCAAGCCCUGGAGCAACGCAACCAGCUGCUGGAGACCCGCUGGUGCUUUCUGCAGAGCCAGGACUCGGCCGCCUUUGACCUUGGGCACCUCUACAAGGACUACCAGGGCCGGCUACAGGAGGAACUGCGAAAAGUGAGCCAGGAGCGAAGCCAGCUGGAGGCCAACCUGAUGCAGAUGCUUGAGAAGGUGGAGGAGUUUCGGAUCAGGUAUGAGGAUGAGCUCUCCAAGCGCACAGACCUGGAGUUCACCUUCGUCCAGCUGAAGAAGGACCUGGAUACAGAGUGUCUUCGAAGGACGGAACUAGAGACCAAGUUAAAAGACCUGCAGAGCUUUGUGGAGCUGAUGAAAAGCAUCUAUGAGCAGGAGCUGAAGGACCUGGCAGCCCAAGUGAAGGAUGUGUCGGUGACCGUGGGCAUGGACAGCCGCUGCCACCUCGACCUGAGCGGCAUCGUGGAGGAGGUGAAGGCCCAGUAUGAUGCCAUCGCAGCUCGCAGCCUGGAGGAAGCAGAGGCGUACUCCCGGAGCCAGCUGGAGGAGCGGGCCGCCUGCUCCGCCGAGUUGGGGAACAGCCUCCAGAGCAGCCGCAGAGAGAUCGCUGACCUCAACGUGCGCAUCCAGAAGCUCCGAUCCCAGAUCCUCUCCAUCAAGAGCCACUGCCUGAAACUGGAGGAAAACAUCAAGGCAGCGGAGGAGCAGGGAGAGCUGGCCUUCCAGGACGCCAAGGCCAAGCUGGCCCAGCUGGAGGACGCCCUGCAGCGAGCCAAGAAGGACAUGGCGCAGCAGCUGCGCGAGUACCAGGAGCUGAUGAAUGUCAAGCUGGCCCUGGACGUGGAGAUCGCCACCUACCGCAAGCUGGUGGAGGGCGAGGAGAGCCGGAUGGACUUGCCCUCGGCCACCAUGGUCAGCGCUGUGAAGUCCAGAUCCAGAACCGCCCCUUCCCUGCCCCACCCCUUGUGUUCUCUGUAGCCACCACCAAGUCCGGCCUCUCCAGAGCCCCCUUCCGGAGAAGGAAGAACAGAAAGGGCCCCGUGAUCAAAAUCACCGAAAUGUCAGAGAAAUUCCUCUCACAGGAGUCAGAGGUCUCCGAGUAAAGCUGCUGCCCGGAUCCCAGGAGCCCCAGCUCACUCCCGGCAGCAAGAGGGACUUAAGCUAGACUCAGCAAAGCGGCUUGGAGCCUCUAGAUUGGCAAGGGAGGCAAACCCGAUCCUGAACUGAAAAGAGGAGUCUUGAAAACAGUGACUGCUUUUUUGCGGGUUGCCAGGGAUGGGACAGGAUUGUCACCAGCUCUUCAGAGCCACUCAGCUCCGUAUCAAUAUCUCACCGCCCUGUCCUUCAACCCUCCGGCCAGAGGUUUUCCUGAAUGGGUAACCUGGAAAGGGGGUCCGUUUGCCUCCACCUUCCGGCUCCUCUGAGGUUCCUCCCCCAGCAGAGGGCUCCGACCGGGGUCCCUUGACCCUUUGCCCAGCGCUUGCCCUAAACGCACAUCUCAAGCCUUGGCUUGCCUCUGCCUCGGAAUGGAGGCAGGCGCCCUUGCUGACCCAGCCCCAGCCAGCCACAGACCAGGGGCUGAUGGGGACUGCGUGGGCACCCUUCUGUAUCUGGAGUUCCUGGAGAGGCUGGGUGCUGAGGACCCCUGGCUUUCCUGCACCACCUGGGCUCCCCAGAAACUGACAGUAUUAGGGAGCGAGGGGAGGAGGUGCCCUGGGUGUUUGGGACCUGAGCUCAGAACUCUGAGCUCACCCCAGACCCCUGUGCCCCUUCCCUCCUCCUGUGAGUCCAUCCCAGCAGGUCACAGUCAGAACUGGACAGCCUGUCCAGCCAGCUCCCAGCACCUUCUCUAGAAGCUGUUCUUGCCAUGACCAACUCCCUAGGGGCUUGGGGAGCCAGAUGACAGCCAGAGACCAAACCAGGUCCCCCUCUCUCCUCCUUGCUGCCUGGGGUUCAACACCUUGCCUGGGAUCUGAGCUCUCCUGCCCAGGAGUUUCCCAGCCUCAAACCUGGCUUGGGAAGUUCCUGUUGUGGCUCAGCAGCAACGAACCUGACUAGUAUCCAUGAAGUCUCAGGUUUGAUCCCUGGCCUCGCUCAGUGGGUUAAGGAUCCGGCGUUGCCAUGAGCUGCGGUGUAGGUCGCAGACGCGGCUUGGAUCUGGCAUUGCUGUGGCUGUGGUGCAGGCUGACAGCUGCAGCUCCGAUUUGAUCCCUAGCCUGGGAACUUCCAUAUGCUGCACGUUGUGGCCCUAAAAAGACCAAAAAAACAAACAAACAAACAAAAAAAAACCCACUUGGUUUGGGUGCACCAGAUCCUGAAGACCAUCUAGCCCCACCCCUGCCAUGACACCCCAGCCCAUUUCCCAUGAAUUCUACUCCUCAGGGUCUCUGUUCUCUCCAUGGCCCAGCAGCCUGGCCCUCCCCUGCUCUGCCCUACACCUGUAGGUUAGAGCCCCUCCCUUCCUCCCUCUCCACCCCUCCUCCCUCCCGCCAGCGGGGCCAUGAAGAAAGCACUGUCCACUCAGGUCUGGGAGCUUCUGAGCCCUUGAGGUCAGGCUGGGGAGCCCCAACCACAACCGAAGAGAAAUUCUGCAGCGACCCAACCAGAAGAUUUGGGGCUGAAAGGAAGGCUCCUCUUUCCUCCUCUUGCCUCUCCCCUUCCAGGGCUUACAGGGGCUCCUGGCAGCUCCCACCUCCCACUCCAUAAGCCAUCUUCUCUCCUUCCCUCUCCCUACCUGCCCCUUGCCUCCCCUCCUCUUCUACCCCAGCCUUUGAUUCAUUCAUCUUCUUUUCCAGGACAAGGUGGCCCAAAGCCUGGGCCCGCUCUUAGGCCCUUAAGUCCUCCAGGCCUGUGGGGGGCGCUGAAGGGCUACUGACUCUCAGGCUGGAGGGAACUCUGACUUGUACUCAUCCCUCCAGUCCCCAAAGGGUGCUGAUUGCUGCUUUUUCUUUGCCUAUUUAUUGGUUUCCUAAGGGAGCAAGUCCUCAAUGGGGAUACAAGAUAUAAAAAGUAUAUAUAUUAUUUUUUCAUAACUUAUGUGGCUUUUAACUUAUUGCUUCCCUUCCUGUUUCUGCAUAAUCAGUGCUAAUCAGUGCUACAUAUUACGCUCUCUGGAUAGACAAUACAUAUCCCAGCCGCCCCACCCGACUGGCUGACUCUCUCAGGGGAACACCCCCUUCUCCCUGCCCAGGGAUGAAUAAAGUGCUGAGAUUUGUUCAUGGAUAAA